AUGAUAUCGAGGAUAAGAGCACCUAGAUUGAACCCUACAGGUGCUUUGAAAAGGUUCUAUGCAUCUUCUACCCAGACCAAGCCAAAUAUUGAAAUGACAACCCUUGCCAAUGGACUAAGGCUAGUUACUGAUUCCACACCUGGUCAUUUCAGUGCACUUGGAGCAUAUGUCGAUGCUGGAUCGCGUUAUGAAGACCCAAAAAACCCAGGACUUUCCCACAUUCAUGAUCGAUUAGCAUGGAAAUCGACUGAAAAAUAUAGUGGACUACAAAUGAUGGAAAAUCUACUGAAAUUAGGAGGUAAUUACAUGAGUUCGGCACAAAGAGAAUCAAUGAUUUUCCAAGCUAGUGUUUUCAAUAAAGAUGUUGAUCAAAUGAUGGAGGCUAUUGCUCAAACUGUUAGAAGCCCUCGAAUUACUGAUCAAGAAUUUGUUGAAACUUUACAAACUGCCGACUAUGAGGUUCAAGAACUACAAUAUAAACAUGAGUUGUUAUUGCCCGAAGAAUUACAUGCUGUUGCUUAUAAAGAAAACACAUUGGGUCUUCCACUAUUCAUGCCAAAAGAACGUAUACCAUUGGUACAAAAAUCUGAUAUUCUUGAUUACCAUAAAAAAUUUUUCCAACCUCAGAAUAUCAUCAUUGCCAUGGUUGGUGUUCCUCAUGAACAUGCACUCAAGUUGGUAGAAUCAAACUUUGGUGAUUGGAAAUCAACUGAUGAGAAAACAAAACUUACACCUGCUAAUUAUACCGGAGGUGAAAUUUCUUUACCUCACCAACCUCCACUUUACGCUAAUCAACCGGAAUUGUAUCACAUGCAAAUUGGAUUUGAAACUACAGGGUUAUUACAUGAUGAUUUGUACUCUCUUGCUACUUUACAGAAACUCCUCGGUGGUGGCUCGUCUUUCUCAGCGGGUGGGCCAGGAAAAGGAAUGUUUUCGCGUCUUUACACUAAAGUCCUAAACAAAUAUCCAUUUGUUGAAAAUUGCAUGUGUUUUAAUCAUUCAUACUUGGAUUCGGGAAUAUUUGGAAUCACAUUAAGUUUAGUCCCCGAAGCAGCACAUGUAUCAUCGCAAAUUAUUAGUCACGAAUUGGCAAAAUUGUUACACCUGGAUACCAAAUCAGGUGGCUUGAAUGAACAGGAAGUCAAAAGAGCCAAGAACCAAUUGACUAGCUCCAUAUUAAUGAAUGUUGAAAGUCGAUUAGCUAAAUUGGAAGACUUGGGAAGACAAGUUCAAUGUCAAGGUAAAGUGACAUCAAUUGAUGAAAUGGUGGAAAAGAUUAAAGCAUUAACGUCAAGAGAUUUGCAAAAUGUUGCUGAAAAGGUUUUAACCGGUAAUGUGGUCACUUCGGGUACAAGUUCCGGUGUUCCUGCAGUAGUUAUGCAAGGUGAGAGAGAAGCCUUUGGUGAUGUUGAAUAUAUUCUACGUAAAUACGGAUUGGGGAAAUUUUCAACUCCUGAAAUUCCCGAACCUAGGGAUUUCUCACAAAAGAGGAAAACUUCUUGGUUUUAG